AGAGGAUCGGAGCAGAUCGUUCUCUCCUAGUCAGCGUGAUAAUCCGAUCUUGCGUGAGAAGCAAAAGUUUUAGUCAUAUCGAUCGCGGGUUGAAUUGAUAUCAGAUUCUGAAGUCGGAAGAUGACGACGGCCGGCGGCGAGAUCAUUAAGAAGCUGGAAGACAUCACCAGGGACGCUGCCAGACACCAGUCGGAGACUCUCCGAUACAUUCUCGAGCACAACGGUGGCGUAAGUUAUCUCCGGCGCUAUCUAGGCAGCUACAAUGAGCCGGUCGACGCCGAUACUUUCAGGACCGCUGUGCCGUUGUCGCGCUACGAAGACUACGCCGAUUACAUCAAUAAAAUGGCCGACGGCGUCCUCACCGACGAAAAUGACGGCGGCCGGCCCCUCCUCUCCGUUGACCCUCUCAUCUGCUUUUUCUACAGCUCGGGGACAAGUUCAAUGAAACCAAAGUUAAUUCCCUAUUUUGAUUCAAAGCCUGCAAAAGAGGUAUCGGCCAUGGCUCAUCAAGGCAGCUUUGCAAAUGUAGGCAGGUUGUUUCCCCCCAGGCCAUCCGUGAAUAAAGCGCUGUGGUUUCUCUAUGCUGGCAAUGUUGCAGAGACUAAAGGUGGAUACAAGGCCAUGGCUGCAACCUCAUCUCUUCUGCACAAUGAUCCCAAAGGCUCAAAUUCAUCGCGAUUACUUGCAGCCUGCAUUAGUCCCAGAGAAGUGAUUUUGGGCACAGAUGUUGAGCAGCAAAUGUACUGUCAUCUUCUAUGUGGGCUAAGGAACUCUGAUCUGAUUGACUCGAUUAGAGCGCCUUAUGCUUCUGGCUUAGCUAGAGCGUUUCGCCUUCUGGAGGCGAAAUGGGAGAAAAUGUGUGAGGAUCUUGAAAAUGGCUUCCCUGCUGCAGAGAUCACUGAUGCUGCAAUGAGGGAAUCUGUUGCUGAGAUUCUCUCUGGACCGAGACCGGAUCUUUCCAACAAGUUUCGGGUGAUUCUUCGAGAAAAGUCGUGGGAGGGGAUAGUGAGGAAGCUAUGGCCUAAUGUUGGGUAUGUGAGGUGUAUAACCACGGGAACUAUGUUGCAGUACUAUGAAAAACUCGGAUAUUAUGCUGGUGAUGUGCCACUUCUCGGAGGGGAUUAUUUUUCGUCGGAGUGCUGUAUUGGUUUGAACUUUGAUGUGAUGAAGCCUCCCGAACUGACACGAUACACCGUGAUCCCGAGUGCAGCCUAUUUCGAGUUUCUGCCAUUCGAUAUGGACACGUGUUGUUGCAGUGGGAGUGGCACGCUGGAGCUUUCCAGUGUUCGAGUGGGGGAAUUUUAUGAACUGAUAGUGACAACUUAUAGGGGGUUUUAUAGAUACCGUUUGGGCGAUAUUGUGAAGGUAGUAGGCCACUAUAAUUCGUCUCCCCAGCUUGAGUUUGUGAUGAGAGCUCCCAAAACUUCCGGGGAUAUAGUCACAGAACGAGAUCUCAUGUCUGCAAUGGGACUCUUUCGGGUUGCAGUGAGAGAUGUUUUGUCAGCAGAAGUCACAGAUUUUACGAGCUCCUUCGAUUUGGAAGCAGAGCCAAACCGGUUGAAGAUCUUCUUGGAGUUGAAAGAUGGAUGCGCUCUUCUACAGAAGGAGAAAUCAGGGGAGGUGGAAAUGAUUCGAAUGAAGCUAAGAAAGUGUUGCAGUCGCCUCGAGGAUGAUUUGGGAGGCAUAUAUAAGGUGAUGAAGGCGAGAGGCGAAGUUAGUAGUUUACUGCUAUCGGUUGUCCAGCCCGGGAGCUUCGAUAGCUUGCUGGAAAUAGCUGUGGAGAAGGGGGUGCCAGCCACUCAAUAUAAAGCUCCAAAGAUUUUGAGAGAUUGUAAAUUGGUGGAGUUCUUGGAAAUGUCUGCUAUCAUGACUCUAACAGCAGAUUCUUAAAUUCUUUCAGAGUUUAAAACCUAGUAUGUAGUGUGGAUUGUUCAAAUGAAACUUAACAGAUUCUCUGUUA